AUGUGCUCCAGAUUCACCGGCUGUCUGCUAAUGCGGUUGUCCGGUCCUCAGACGCGCGGAACCAUGGGCAUGGCGUUUAAGUGGCAGCUGCGAAACUACUGCGAUCCGCCUCUCAUGGACUGCCAGGCUUACAAGGCCUUCAAGGAGCAAAAAGCCCUUGCAAUGAAAAAGAAGAAGGCGGCUGACAAGAAGGAGGAGACCAAGAAGGACGCCGACCGCCUCAAGAGCCAGUUGAAGAAGUGCAUCGAGCUGAAGACGAAGGCGCUGAAGGCGAAAGUGGAGUGCAUGACAGCGGAGGAGCGGAAGGCCAUGGGGGAGAUGAUGGACUGCGUGAUGGCGGGCGUCAAGAGAGUCUGCGUGAAGUCGGUCAUGCAGAAGUACUGCAGGGAGAAGGAGCUGAAGCUCCGGUACGAGCGACUGAUAAAGGAGAAGAAGAUCAAGGAGCUGAUAAAGAAGUGUGCUGCCAAGCAAGAGGAGGGCGCAUCGGAAGAUACUAAGGAUCCCAAAGAGGAGCAGUGCGAAAAGGGGCAACCGAAGAACGAAAAGGCUGAAGAAUCACAAACGCUUAAGAAGUGUAUAGAAGAAACUUCCAAGCUCUUACAAGCCGAGUUGGAGAAAGAAAGUCAAAAGAAGUCUGACUGCAAGGAGGCCCCAAGGAAAGAAAACAAGAAGGACAAAUCAGACGGUAAGCCGAAGAAUAUCAAAGGUUAUCCAAAAAAGAAGAUUAGUGUAAAAGGAAGUAAAGAAUCAUCCAAAAAGAAAGAGGACUCCAAAGCUAAGGUACUAAAGGAUCCCGUAAUUGACAGUUGUAAGGAAGAGCCCAAAGAAUCACCCAAAAAGAAAGUCAAUGCAAAACCAAAAGUACAGGAACAAAAAGAUCCCAAAAUAGAUAAUUGUAAGGGGGAGCCUCCUAAAACGAAGGAAUCUAAAUGUAAGGACAAAGAGAAAGUUGAGAAGAAAGAAAUUAAGGACCAAAAGAAACCAAAAGAGAAGAAAGAAGUGUGCAAAACGGAAGUUAAAUGUCCAAAGGAUUCUAAGGCUUCCGAGUCCAAGAAGAAAGAUAUUAAAAAAGUUGAUAAAAAAGCUAAGAGUGUAAAACAAGACGCAAAGAAUGACAAAGCUGAAGAGCUGAAACAGAAAGCCGAAUCUCCAAGAGAUGGUAAAAAGAAAAACCCCAAAAAAGCAGACAAGAGUGCAAGAGUGGACAACAAAAAAGAAUCUGAAGAGCAGGCAUGCCCAGAAGAGCCCAAAAAGAAGAAUAAAUGUCAAAAAAAUAAAGAGAAACCCGGGUCGAAGUCUCCGUUUGAGCAGAAGUUGGAGGAGUGCGUUAAGGAAGAAUUGGAAGAUAUGCGCCAGGUCCAGAAGCACCUAAAUCCCAAGGAUAAAAAGCAAGUGGCGGCCGCUGAGAAUUGUCUUAGAGAACAAGUUAAGAAAAGGUGCCGCAUGAUGGUGAUCAAGAAAAUGUGCGCCGAGUCCUUUGGAGAACCUAAGAAGUCGACUAAGUGCGACGAACAGAAGGAUGACGAAGAAUGCACGCAAUCAAAGGACUCUGCAAGUGACAAGAUCCAAAAGUGUGUUCAGAAAAAAUGGAAGGACAUUUGCCCUUUUAUUCAAGAUCUCACUGAACAGAACGACGUCGAUUUCGAAAAAGCUACUGAGGAAGUGAAACAAAUAAUGGAGAAAUCAUGCCACGAGGACGAGAAAAAUAAGGAGUCUGAAGUCAAGGAACUAGAAGCUGAUAUCGAAAAGUGUGCGUUCAUGAAGAAAUGUGCGGACGCAAGGCUUAAAAGAAAGUGCGAGGAAAUAGAGAAGCAGAAAAAGUGUGCCGAGGAGUCCCAAAAAAAGAAAUGCGAAGCGGAAGCCUUGAAGAAAAUAUGCUGCGAACUAGUCAAAAAACAGUCCGAUAUAAGCAAAAAGGACGAAAAGCUAAAGUGCGAGUGCAAGGACACGAAAAAAGUGUGUGAUGAGGAAGUAAAAAGAAAGUGCAUGGAAGAAGCUCAAAAGAAAAUAUGUGAAGUACGGAAAAAACGCGAAGAGCAAAUGAAAAAAGAGUUGAAUGAGCAGAAAGAUUGCGCUGAUGAAAUUGAGAAACAAUGCAGACUAAACAAAAAAUGUAAGGAGGAAAAGAUUAAGAGAAAAUGCGAAGAGCAAGAAAUAUGUGACAAAUGUGAAAAGGACCUACUUAAGAAAAAAUGCGAAGAAGAAGCUAAAAAGAAAAAAUGCGAGCAACUAAUGUCAAAAAUCGACGAGCUAAAGUGUGAAGAGCAAGAGCUGAACAAACAGCUAAAAGAGCUGGAGGAAAAAGAGGCACAAAGGAAGAAACAAGAGGAGGAGGAACAAAAGAAAAAAUGUGAGGAGGACAAAGUCCUGAAAGCAUGUGACUCAUUUGAUCAGACGGAAAAAGAAAAAAGUAAAAAAGAAGCGGACAAAAAGAAUAAAUCGACUCCAAAGUGCAGGACGGCACACAUGGUUCAGAGGACGACGGCGAUCGCCAAGGCGGUUGUCCUCCAGUUGAUGCAGCAGAUGCGAUUCCAACUGGGCGAUCGUCCUUGCGACCGCCACCGUGAUCUUGGCCAACUAAAACGACAAAAGCCUUUGGUACAUACAUAUGGGUCUUCGUGGGACCGUCCUGCUUUGGUGGGUGCCCAGGCCAUCAGCAUCAUUGCCCGCCUGGCCUUCGGUAGCUGGGUAAUUCACCCGGAUCCUAGAAGGAUCGCCUUCCAAGCUGUCAAGAACUUACCCAAAAACUUUGCUUAG